CACGCCGGAGGAUGCCAUCAGUGCUUUUGAGAUUGAGCGGGAAGCCAGGGCAGGAUCAUCCGAGUGACCACUUCUGUACACAAACACCAGGCAAGUGCAUAGCAAGCAGCCCCUCAUCCUUACCUUCUGCUGCAGCCUUUAUCUCUGUCUCGGGUACCUGUCCCCUCUACUUGGAUGAGAUCCGGCACUUCCUAACCCUGUGUCCAGAGCUGUCACUGGGCUGGUUUGAGGAGGGCUGCCUUGUGGCCUUCAUCAUCGGCUCACUUUGGGACAAGGAGAGACUUACUCAGGAGUCGUUGACACUCCACAGGCCCGGAGGCCACACAGCCCACCUGCACGUACUGGCAGUGCACCGGACCUUCCGGCAGCAGGGCAAGGGUUCUGUCCUGCUGUGGAGAUACCUUCACCACCUGGGCAGUCAGCCGGCGGUGCGCCGGGCUGUGCUCAUGUGUGAAGAUGCUCUGGUACCCUUCUAUGAGAAAUUUGGCUUCCAGGCUGUGGGCCCAUGUGCCAUCACCGUGGGCUCUCUCACCUUCACGGAGCUACAGUGUUCCUUACGGUGCCACGCCUUCCUGCGCAGGAACAGUGGCUGCUGACCCAAGCUGCGCCCUUGGCCAUGGCGAGGGUGGGAGCAGCAGCUCGGGGGCUCCUGUCCACCUCCCAUGUCACAUCCUCCUCUGCCUAGAGCCCAUGCAACUAGAGCUGGCUAGCGUGAAGGGAGACAGCGGUUCCCAACUGGAGUAGAGAGGUAAGGGUCAAUAAAGAGGACAGGAGGUGACUUCCUUUCAGCACAGGCUGCUGUCUGUCCCCAGAGGACCUCGUGCCUUCUGAACUGUGCACGAAAGCAAGACCAGGACGGGGGAGGGGGAUAUGGGAGCAGUGGGAGGUCUGUCCCCACACUUCUUCCUCUGCCUGCUCUGUUUCUGUGCUCCAGUGCAGUGCCCUGGUCCUUGGGAGCCCUCACUCUUAACCAGGCUGACACCCCUUCCUAGCUCCUAAUGCUGGGAAUGAGGGGCAGCCAGGAGCUGGGGACUUGUGCAUGGUGGCAUCCUUGGGGUAGGGACAUGCUGCUGAGCCACACUAAACUGCACUUGGGCACCAAUGUGCUUGGCUCACCCACCUGCCUCCCUGGGUUCCCCUUCUAUCCUGGUCCUCCUGGCACCUCUGCCCACGAAUAAAGCAGCUAUGUCCCCAGUGGGUGUGGCUCAUGGGUGUGUGCAGGGUCUUCUUCAAUUUGAUUGGAGCAAACGAACACCUGGCCUCACCCCACUGGACCACCUCUGCCAGAACAGGCCAUCUCUGCUGCUGGUCAGCCCGACAGCCCUGGAGCAAAAGUGGAGCAGCUGGGGUUGAGGUGUAGG